UCGAAUGUCGAUUCGAUUCUGAUUUUCGGCGUGCUAACAUGAAGAUGAAGUUCUAUUUAUUAUAAAUUAUAUGUACAUAGAGUCAUAUUACGGACUGAAAAUAACUUCUACACGAUGAAGACAGCUUUGAUGGUGGCUGAAAAGCCUUCCUUAGCACAAAACCUCGCAAAUAUACUUAGUAAUGGCAAAUGCAACACCAACAAGGCUUCCAAUGCUGCUUGUGCAGUACAUGAAUGGAAUGGAACAUUCAAAAGUGAACCAGUUCGGUUUAAAAUGACAUCAGUAUGUGGGCAUGUGAUGAGUUUAGAUUUCAGUGGGAAAUACAAUAACUGGGAUAAAGUGGACCCUGUUGAGUUGUUUAGCUGUCCCACAGAGAAAAAAGAAGCCAUGCCUCGGCUUAGAAUACCGGCUUUGUUGGCCCAAGAGGCCAGGGGUUGUGAUUAUCUUAUACUGUGGUUGGAUUGUGAUAAGGAAGGGGAAAAUAUCUGUUUUGAGGUGAUGUCCUGUGUACAACAGGCUAUGAAAGGAGAUAUAUUAUCCCCUUUAGUGACUUUUCGUGCACGAUUCUCUGCCAUCACAGAUAAAGAUAUUAAAGCAGCCAUGAUGAAUCUUGUUAGACCUAACGAAAAUGAAUCCCGCAGCGUAGAUGCACGGCAAGAACUUGAUCUACGUAUAGGAUGUGCCUUUACGCGAUUUCAGACAAAAUAUUUUCAGGGCAGAUACGGUGACCUAGAUGCAUCCUUGAUUUCCUACGGCCCUUGCCAGACGCCUACUCUAGGCUUCUGUGUCCAACGUCACGACGAGAUUCAGACCUUCAAGCCGGAGACAUACUGGGUAUUGAGAGUCACUGCCUCUACAUCUGAAGGUCGAGAGUUGCCUUUAGAAUGGAAAAGAGUUAGAAGUUUUGAGAAGGACAUUGCCCAUAUGUUCCUAGCUGGUAUAAAAGAGAUUAAGGAGGCAACUGUGGUGUCCAUUCAAGCCAAGGAGAAGAUAAAGCCGCGUCCAACUGCCCUGAACACUGUUGAGCUGAUGAGAGUAGCCAGCGCUGGAUUGGGCAUGGGACCCCAUCACGCUAUGCAGAUUGCUGAGCGCCUUUAUACGCAAGGCUACAUAUCCUAUCCCCGAACUGAAACUACAAGUUAUUCUGAGAACUUUGACCUCAUUGGUACAUUAAGACAGCAGCAGAAUUCAAACAAAUGGGGUUCGGACGUUCGCGCCCUUAUAUCUCACGGUAUCAAUAGGCCCAAGAAAGGCCACGAUGCUGGAGACCAUCCGCCCAUAACACCGAUGAAACCUGCGACGGAGUCGGAAUUAGACGGCGACCAAUGGCGUAUCUACGACUACAUAACUCGCCACUUCAUCGCUACGCUGUCGCGCGACUGUCGCUAUUUGUCAACCACAAUCACUUUCCAAGUUGGCUCUGAGACCUUCUAUUAUACCGGCAAUACGCUUGUCGACGCUGGGUACACGGAAAUUAUGCAUUGGCAGGCAUUCGGCAAAGACGAGUUCGUACCGCCUCUAAAUGUGGAUGAAAUCCUGCGAGCGCACGAUCAUAGGCUGGUGGAGUGCCAGACUUCGCCGCCCGACUAUCUAACUGAAUCAGAGGUAAUCACCCUCAUGGAGAAGCAUGGGAUCGGCACUGACGCUUCCAUACCGGUUCACAUAAACAACAUCUGCCAACGCAACUACGUCAACGUCGGCAGCGGUAGAAGACUAGUGCCAACUAGUCUAGGCGUUGUGCUCGUUCAUGGAUAUCAAAAGAUCGAUCCUGAACUCGUAUUACCAACGAUGCGAACAGCCGUCGAGGAACAGUUAAACCUCAUCGCCGUCGGCCAAGCCGACUUCCACGCAGUACUCACACAUACCGCGGAGAUAUUCCGCAGAAAGUUUCAGUACUUCGUGAGGUCUAUCGAAGCUAUGGACCAGUUGUUCGAAGUGAGUUUCUCCUCUUUGAAGACCAGCGGGAAGGCUUUGUCAAGAUGCGGGAAGUGUAGACGUUAUAUGAGGUAUAUUCAGGCGAAACCAGCACGUCUCCACUGUUCUCAUUGCGACGAUACGUACUCUCUACCACAAAACGGCAAUGUACGCAUUUAUCGCGAGCUCAAGUGUCCCCUGGAUGACUUCGAACUACUGUCCUGGUCUUCCGGGAGCAAGGGUAAAAGUUACCCGCUGUGUCCCUACUGCUACAAUCAUCCGCCAUUUAGGGACAUGAAGAAAGGAUUCGGAUGCAACUCGUGCACGCAUCCAACGUGUCCGUACGGUGUCAACUCGACGGGCGUGUCCGGCUGUGUCGAGUGCGAUGGUGUUCUAGUUCUCGAUCCAUCUGCUCCCAAGUGGAAACUCGCUUGUAAUCGGUGCGACGUGAUCAUAAACAUCUUCGAGGACGCGUCGCGGGUUACCGUGUGCGAGACGGCGUGCGGUGCGUGCGGUGCACAGCUAGUCAGCGUGGAGUACCGCGCCGAACGCACUCGUCUACCCGCAGCCUUGACUGAGAUGACGGCGUGUCUCUACUGCGAACCCAACUUUAGUGCGUUGGUGGAGAAACAUCGGGCGGUGUCGUCGCGGGGCGGAGGGGUGAGGGGUCGCGGAGGGCGCUCGCGGGCAAAACAGCGCAGCAAGCAACCUAAAGACAAAAUGGCGCAACUCGCCGCGUAUUUUGUUUAACUAUGUAUGUUGAAUCGACAUGCGUAUAAGCCGUGUCAUUAAAUAAUAGUUUUGUUGUGAAACAUGGUGGGACAGUACUAGUAUAAAAAGUUUAAAUAAAAAUUUAAAAUUUAAAAAUCGAAGUAUUUUAUUAGUUUCAGUGAUAACUCAGGAAUCACCACUUUAACUUCAAUUAACAACAAUAAAAAUUCAAAACGAAAAUUCGGAAAGAAUAAUAUAUUAAGAAAACAAAAACCUUAACUAAUAACUUCUAAACAAUAAUUAGUCUUGCUUAAUCAACUCAAAUUGCGAAUUCAAGCAGAUUUCAAUGCUACUACCGUUUUUACCGCUAAGAGUACGUGGUGACAGAGUUACAAAUAUGGCGGUCUAUAGGCCACCAUAUUUAAUUCUAUACUUUAAUACCGCGGCUUAUAGUGCAUGUAUUUCUAUCGCGUUAACGCUAUUUUCACAUAUGUGUUAAUAAACUUUAAUAACUGAUGUGAAUAACCAUUUGAAAUAUAUAAGCAUUUGAAAAUAAGCCAACUAUGAUUUUUAAACUAGAUUAAGAUGUGUAUAUAUACAUCUUAGUUUUUUUACAUGAAUUAAUCUACAAUAAUUCAUCUAAUCACAAACUGGCUUAAAAAUUGAAUGAACACAAUUACAAUUAAUUAAUUAAUUGCAAUUCAAAUAUAUAAAAGUACACAUCACUAAAGGCAACUUUUUUUUUUACUGCUUAACUUAGGUUUAUUUCUAAAUGUAUCUAGUAAAAUAUUGUUAUAUAUAGGUAUAUGUUUAUUUAUUUUUUACUGUAAUUAUGUACCUUUAAUACAGCAGUGGAUAAAAAAGAGAGAGACAUAUUUGAAAAUAAAUCUGCUUGAAAAUGAAAUAAUUAAAAUUAAUUAAUUAAUUGCAAACAUUGAUGUAUAAAACCAGAUACACAUAUUUAAAUGUAUCUGGUUUCUAAAUCUCGAUGUACACUGCCUAAAUUAGAUAUAUUUAUACCGAAGUGUAACUAGACGAAUAUUAUUAUUUAAAGUAUGUAAUGUGUUUAUUUAUUUUUCACUGUAUGUUUUGUACGUUUAAUAAAGCAGUACUAAUAUA